AUGGCAGCACCGCUCGUCUCGCGCCCUUCGCACGACGUCACCGCGGGCCGGCCGCCGAUCGAGUGGUACCCGGGCCACAUCGCAAAGGCCGAGCGGCUGAUGACGGAGGUGCUCUCGAUGGUGGACGUGGUGGUCGAGCUGCGCGACGCCCGCAUCCCCGACUCGACCGCCCACCCGAUGCUCGCGUCAUGGAUCGGCUCGCGCGGGCAUAUCCUCGCGCUCAACCGGAUGGACGCGGCUCCGGCGCCGUCGCUGACAGAGUGGGCCGCCGCGAUGGGCGCCGGCGGGCAGGCGCCCGUGCUCAUCGACGCCAAGAAGGGCGGCGGCGUGGCGGAGCUCAAGCGCGAGAUCCUCCGGGCGGGCGCGCAUGUCAACGCACGGCUCAAGCGGCGCGGCAUCAACCCUCGUCCGGUGCGGGCGGCGGUGCUCGGCUACCCGAACGUGGGCAAGUCGGCGCUCAUCAACCGGCUGGUCGGGCGGCGAAAGGCCAAGAGCGAGAACCGGCCGGGCGUGACGCGCGGCUUCAGCUGGGUGCGGAUCGACUCGCAGGUGCAGCUGCUCGACUCGCCCGGCAUCAUCCCGGCGAAGCAGGUGUCGCAGCGCGUCGCGUACCGCCUCGCCAUGUGCGACGACAUCGGCGCCGCGGCCUACGACCCGCAGGCGGUCGCGAGUGCGCUCCUCGAGGUACUGCUGUGGCUGCAGCGCCUGUCCCUCGCGGGACGCGUCCUUGACACGUCCCUCGCCGCACAGGCGCUCGUCCUCGCCGAGGCGGAGAGGCCUGCGUACGUGCGGCUCGACAAGCUGCGCGAGCGAUGGGGCGUGCCGACAGACGAGUGCUCGUGCGGCGAGGAGUACGUGGCUCAGCUGGCGGAGGAGCGAUUCACGGGCGACGUGCAGCGCGCGGCGACGACGCUGCUCAAGGACUUCCGCUCGGGCAGCCUCGGCCGGCUCUGCCUCGAGUGGCCCGCAGAGGGGCAGGGCGAGGAGCGGUGA